AUGAGCUGGGAGCAGACCCUCUAGUGUUGGACCACCUUCAGGAUGAACCACAGACCGCUGGCGGCCCACAGAAACAGCCGGUCUGCCGGGUACAACGACAGCCCCAGAGCCAGGAGCCGCGACAACCUGCUGGUGUGUGAUGACUUCGGGGAGGAGUACUGCUGCCCUGGACGAUGCCUCGGCCACAGCAGCUCUGAGAGGCAGCUCAUGGCUCGUCUCAGCGCUGUUAAGAGACGCCAGGCUCUGCGCGGCCCUGCCUACAUGUUCUCGGCUCCCUCCGUCAGCCUGACAGAGGUUGAGCAGCGCUUCCUGGAAGCAGCAGAGUACGGCAACAUACCAGAGGUGCGUCGCAUGCUGCUCCAUGUGCCCAGCUUGAACGUCAAUGCUGUUGACUACAUGGGCCAAAAUGCACUGCAGCUGGCCGUGGCCAACGAGCAUCUGGAGGUGACGGAGCUGCUGCUGGGGAGGGCCGAUUUGGCCAGAGUGGGUGAUGCUCUCCUCUUAGCCAUAAGUAAAGGUUAUGUCCGUAUCACGGAGGCCCUGCUCGGACAUCCCUCUUUUAGAGACGCCAGGCGCCUGACGGCGAGUCCCGCUCAAGCGGACAUGCUGGACGACUUCUACGCUUAUGAUGAAGAUGGAACGAGGUUUUCUCAUGACGUGACCCCAGUGAUACUUGCGGCGCACUGCCAGGAGUACGAGAUCGUUUACACCCUGCUGAGUAAAGGGGCUCGCAUCGAUCCUCCUCACGAUUACUUCUGUGGCUGCGAUUCCUGCAACUACCAGCAGCAGUUUGAUUCCUUCAGCCACUCCCGAUCGCGGAUCAACGCCUACAGAGGCCUCGCCAGCCCGGCCUACCUGUCCCUGUCCAAUGAGGAUCCGGUACUGGCGGCCUUGGAGCUCAGCAACGAACUGGCCAUGCUGGCUAAUAUCGAGAAAGAAUUCAAGAACGACUACUGCCGCCUGUCCAGCCAAUGUAAGGACUACGUGGUGGGCCUGCUGGACCUCUGUCGCAGCACAGAGGAAGUGGAGGCCAUACUGAGUGGAGAAACUGACUCUGAGGACAGCUACGACAUGCCGGGCCGGCCUUCCCUCACACGACUCAAACUGGCCAUCAAAUACGAACUGAAAAAGUUUGUCGCUCAUCCGAACUGCCAGCAGCAGCUGCUGAGUAUUUGGUACGAGAACCUGCCCGGCCUGAGGCAACAAACCACCGCCAUCAAACUGCUGGUGGUCCUCGCCGUGGCCAUCGGACUGCCGGGCCUGGCCGUGGCGUACUGGGUUGCUCCGUGUAGCAGAGUGGGGAGUGUCAUGCGCAGCCCCUUCAUGAAGUUUGUGGCCCACGCCUCGUCCUUCACAAUCUUCCUGGGUCUUCUCAUCCUGAAUGCUGCCGACCGCUUUGCCGGCACCACCCUUUUGCCAAACAUGACCCACCAUCAGCAUCCGGAGGGCUCGCCCCUCAACCCCGACCCCCUGCUGCUCUACCGAAUGACCACGACGCCCUUCACCUGGAUGGAGAUCCUCAUCAUUUCGUGGGUCAUGGGUAUGAUCUGGGCUGAGGUGAAGGAGAUCUGGAGUCAGGGACCGGGGGAGUAUCUGGUGGAGCCGUGGAACUUCCUGGAUUUUGGGAUGCUGGCGAUCUUUCUGGCCUCUUUCAGCUGUCGCUUCUCCGCUCUGAGACACGCCGACUUGGCCCAGACCUACGUACACGCUCACUACACCACGCUGAUUAACAUCACCCUGCCGCCCGAGAUAGAGUACUUUACUCUGGCUCGUAUCGACUGGCUGCCGUCGGAUCCUCAGCUGGUGUCAGAGGGCCUGUACGCCGUGGCCGUGGUGCUCAGCUUCUCUCGGAUCGCUUACAUCCUCCCGGCCAACGAGAGCUUCGGCCCUCUGCAGAUCUCUUUAGGACGGACCGUCAAAGACAUCUUCAAGUUCAUGGUCAUCUUCAUCCUGGUCUUUCUGGCGUUCAUGAUUGGCAUGUUCAACCUGUACUCCUACUACCUGGGAGCCAAGCAGAACGACGCCUUCACCACGCUGGAGGAGAGCUUCAAGACCCUGUUCUGGGCUAUAUUUGGACUGUCGGAGGUCAGGUCUGUUGUAAUCAACAACGGACACAAAUUCAUUGAGAACAUUGGCUACGUCCUGUACGGGGUGUACAACGUCACCAUGGUGAUCGUGCUGCUCAACAUGCUCAUCGCCAUGAUCAACAGUUCCUUCCAGGAGAUUGAGGACGAUGCCGAUGUUGAGUGGAAGUUUGCUCGAGCCAAGCUGUGGUUCUCCUACUUCGAGGAGGGCCGGACGCUCCCGGUGCCCUUUAACCUGGUGCCCAGCCCAAAGUCCAUGCUGGGGCUGGUCACGGCCAUCAAGUCCCUGCUCCUGCAGUUCGCUGAGCGGCACAUUGUGGAGAAAACAGAGACACAACUUAACCAGCUUGGUGAGAGCAAAAAUUCAGGAUACGGUGCUUCUACGAGCCCGACCAGAUAUCAGAAGAUCAUGAAGCGUCUGAUAAAACGGUACAUCAUCAAAGCUCAAGCAGACAGAGAAAGCGACGAGAUCACCGAAGGUGAGCUGAAAGAAAUCAAGCAGGACAUCUCCAGUCUGCGGUACGAGCUGCUGGAGGAGAAGGCGCAGAACAUGGAGACGCUGGACGGGCUGCUGAGGAGGCUGGGAGAGAUCAGCACGCCGGCACCGUAGCACUGCCUGCUGUCACACCCCACCAAAGAAAAUGUACAGAUCAGAGUGCCAAAGACUUAGA